AAGGAUUCCGGGCCCGGGCACACCCAGGGUGUCGUGGGGGGCCACCUGGGCCCUCAGUAGCAGCGUCUUCUUGCAAAAGAGCCACCGCACCCCGGGCUGCAGCGGAGUAAGUGGAUGUAGGAGCCCGACAGCAAACUGCAGUGGCCGACCCGGGCGGGUUUCGAACCUCUGGCCUUGCUGAUGAAGUGAUUGAGAAGACGCCGUGAACUCCUCUACUCUGUAGUCGGGACAACAUGGAUCAGCCAUUUACUGUCAGUUCUCUGAGAAAGUUGGCUGCCAUGCCAGACCACACAGAUGUUUCCCUCAGCCCGGAAGAGCGAGUCCGAGCACUGAGCAAACUGGGCUGUAACAUCACCAUCAGCGAAGACAUCACUCCCCGCCGCUACUUCAGAUCUGGAGUGGAAAUGGAAAGGAUGGCAUCUGUGUAUUUAGAAGAAGGAAACUUGGAAAAUGCCUUUGUUCUUUAUAAUAAGUUCAUAACUUUGUUUGUGGAAAAGCUUCCCAGUCAUCGAGAUUACCAGCAAUGUGCAGUACCGGAAAAACAGGAUAUUAUAAAGAAACUGAAGGAGAUUGCAUUCCCAAGGACAGAUGAAUUGAAAAAGGACCUUUUAAAGAAAUAUAACAUAGAAUACCAAGAGUACUUGCAAAGCAAAAACAAAUACAAAGCCGAAAUUCUCAAGAAGCUGGAGCAUCAACGACUGAUAGAGGCGGAAAGGAAACGAAUUGCUCAGAUGCGCCAGCAGCAGCUGGAAACGGAGCAAUUUCUGUUUUUUGAAGAUCAACUCAAGAAGCAAGAGUUAGCUCGAGGCCAGAAUCCAAGCCAGGAAAGCUCCUCCUUGUCUGAGCAGAUCAGUGGGAGUGCUUUGUCCUGCUUCUCUGCACACCAGAACAACACUUUGCUGAAUGUCCUUGCAGAUCAGCCCAAUAAAAGUGAUGCAAGCAAUUUUGCCACUCACUCUCCUCCAGUGAACAGGGCCUUAAAGCCAGCUGCAACUCUAAGUGCUGUUCAGAAUUUAGUAGUUGAAGGACUACGGUGUGUAGUUUUAUCAAGAGAUCUUUGCCACAGAUUUCUGCUGCUGGCAGAAUCUAACACAGUGAGAGGAAUAGAAACCUGUGGAAUACUUUGUGGAAAACUGACACAUAAUGAAUUUGCUAUCACCCACGUAAUAGUGCCAAAGCAGUCUUCGGGACCAGACUACUGUGACAUGGAGAACGUAGAAGAAUUAUUUAAUGUCCAGGAUCAACAUGACCUCCUCACUCUGGGCUGGAUUCAUACACAUCCAACCCAAACAGCAUUCCUGUCCAAGUGUCGAUAUCAUACUCAUUGUUCUUAUCAGCUUAUGUUGCCAGAGGCGAUCGCCAUUGUUUGUUCACCAAAGCAUAAAGACACUGGCAUCUUCAGACUCACCAAUGCAGGCAUGCUUGAGGUUUCAGCUUGUAAAAAGAAGGGCUUUCACCCACAUACCAAGGAACCUAGGCUAUUUAGUAUAUGCAAACAUGUAUUGAUAAAAGAUAUAAAAAUAAUUGUGCUGGAUCUGAGGUGAUGUGUCCUGAAGAUAAGCCAAGUCGACUCUGAACACCUACUCAUGGAAAUGUGACUGCUGGGUUUUCUUAAGAUGUUUCCAGAAAUGACUGAUAUUUUAUAUUUAUACAUUUUAGAACAGAAAGUUUGAUAUUUAUUGAGCCUAUACAUUUUGAAGUUUUCUUUUUGGAUUGUUCUGUCUUGAGAAAGGUCAUAAUGUUGUUGAUUUAAAACCUAUUAAUGUACCCAAAUACUAUGACCAGAUAAUAAAUUGUGUUGUCAACAA